GAACUCUGCACCUUCAGCUCUGCUGCACCGUCAGACUGAGGCUUCUGCACGCGUUUUAAUCCAAACACUGAGGUUUGAGAAGGUAACAACAUAUGCAUUUUGUCAGAAGACUAUUCUCAUUCUGCUUUUCCGGAUCAGUCAUGGCCCUCACACAAGUGUCCUCCAACAAGUGCGCUGGUGGCUUCCAGAAGGUUUUCGAACAUGAAAGCACUGAGCUCAAGUGUAAGAUGAAGUUCGCAGUCUUUGUGCCUCCCAAGGCUGAGACCGACAAAUGUCCCGUCAUGUACUGGCUCUCUGGUCUGACAUGUACGGAGCAGAACUUCAUCACCAAAGCCGGCAGUCAGGUUCCUGCUGCAGAGCACGGCAUCAUCAUCGUCGCACCCGACACCAGUCCACGUGGCUGUAACAUCGAGGGAGAGGAUGAGAACUGGGAUUUUGGCACUGGAGCUGGUUUCUACGUCAACGCCACGGAGGACCCCUGGAAGACCAACUACCGCAUGUACUCCUACAUCACUGAGGAGCUCCCCAAAUUAAUCAACGCUAACUUCCCCACCGACCCGGAAAAGAUGUCCAUCAGCGGUCACUCCAUGGGCGGCCACGGGGCGCUCAUCUGUGCCCUGAAGAACCCUGGGAAAUACAAGGCUGUGUCUGCGUUCGCUCCCAUCUGUAACCCGAUGCAGUGUCCCUGGGGACAGAAGGCCUUCUCAGGAUACCUGGGCUCCGACAGGUCCACCUGGGAGGCGUACGAUGCGACGGCGUUGGCGUCGUCAUACUCCGGUCCUCAGCUCGACAUCCUCAUCGAUCAGGGCCGUGACGACCAGUUCCUGUCAGCCAGCCAGCUGCUGCCCGACAACCUGAUCGCCGUCUGCUCCGAGAAGAAAAUCCCCGUCGUCUUCAGACUGCAGCCGGGCUACGACCACAGCUACUUCUUCAUCUACUCCUUCAUGAACGAUCACAUCAAGCACCACGCCAAGUUCCUCAACGCCUGAUCAGCCACCAGAGAGGAGGAACGCUGAACACGUCAGUCCAGUUCACGUUGGCCCUGCUGCUCUGAUCUCCUGACAUCAAUCACAAGCAUUUUAUUUUGCCAGAAU